AUGCAUAUCCAACCGGACUACCCUAAUGAAUACGAGACGACCAAGCUGCCCCCGCAGCACGCAGGACGAUUGAACGGGUUCGGUACCGCCAACAACUUCCGUGCAUCAUUCAACGCCUUCCCCAACGCUAAUCGCACACAAGUCAAUCCAUCUGCCAUCGGCGCUACCUCUCUUCGCGAUACCAGCAAUUUCUAUCCCACCUCAGCAGAUGUGUUCCCCGCACAGGUAACCUCGCCCAUCCAAACGCACAUGCAGCAGUUUGAGGCUAACCCCAGCUUCGAGUUCGGCGGCCACAAGGGUUUCAUCGAGAACUUCAGCCCCAACGGUCCCAUGCUCCCUCACCACGGAGGCAGGCCGAGCAUCAGUCAUGCUCAGCACCAGGCUCAUCACAAGUUCACCGCGAACCAUCAGUUCGGUGGUGGUGUUCAGUUGACAUCCCAAACCCCCUAUGGGCCCCAUCUUCCGGCCGUCGGAAUGAACAACGCUGGGAACCAGUCGCAAGGGUCCAACACCCAAUCUUCCCGAGAUGCAGGCAACUCCAACGCCGGCAACACCGCCAAUCAGGAGGAAAUUUCGACCAUCUUCGUCGUCGGCUUUCCCGAAGAUAUGCAGGAACGGGAAUUCCAGAACAUGUUUACCUUCUCUGCCGGCUUUGAAGCUGCCACGUUGAAGAUUCCAAACAAGGAAUACACCGCCUAUGGGGCCAAUGCGCUUCGCGGAUUCCCAGGCUAUAAUGGGUCCAAUGAUCCUUACAAUCUUGUGACCGUUAACCAAGGUGGCGUCGUGGUCGAUAAUGGGCGCGACGGUACCAUGUCGUCUUGGCCUGCCGUGGUCGGAGACGAUGGGCCUGGGAACCACUUCGUCGGCGUCAACCUUCCCCCUCGAAAGCAGAUCAUUGGCUUUGCGAAGUUCAAGUCACGUGAGGCUGCUUUGGAAGCGAGAGAUGUGCUUCAGGGGCGACGUGUUGACAUCGAGAAGGGCGCGGUUCUCAAAGCAGAGAUGGCGAAGAAGAACCUUCACACCAAACGUGGUGUUGGCCCCGUUGCUGGGCCUGCUGCCCCCGGACCCAUCAAUGCAUCCAACUCGAUGCAGAACAAUGCGCACGGACCAUUGUCCACACAUCACAACAACGAAUCGUUUGCUCUACCAGGCGACACCUUCCCUCCCCGCGACCUUCCCCUUGGCGGUAUUGACCUCGGUCGCCUUGGUACAUUCCGCGACCAGUUGCAGAAGGACGUCCACGCCAUCACUAACGGCAUCGGGUCUGCUCAGUCCACCGAGUUUCACCCGAGAAAGGAUCGUGAAGAUGAAGAGUAUCGCAGGAAUCAGCGAGACAGCAUUUACAACGCAAUGGGGUUCACCGGGUCGACCCUUGGACAAUCGGCGACCCGCGGUCCGCGCGAACGUGCUGAAGAGGAGGAAAGGGAGCGUCGUCGUAAGGAGAAGGAGGCUCGUCUUCGCGCAAACAAUUCGACUGCAUUCGACGCCUUCCAUUCCGUCCCAGCAGGCAAUGCUCCAGCCCUGUCGCGACAGAACUCGGGCUUGAAUGGCAUCGCCAACGAGGGUACUCUGCUCGCUCCGAUGCAGAGUGGUUCUGGUCUUGGAUCAAGCCCCUUGCUCUCCAACUCGUUCACCCCCAGCGCACACGACGAAGUUGUUGGACCUUGGGACAAGAUUCCGAACAUUGCUAACGGUAUCUCGAGACCGCGGUCGUCUUCCCAGCGCUCCGUCUCUCCCCCUGAUCUUCACGAUCGACGAGAUUCUCACUAUUCCCCGCCGACUGACUCCGCUCUGGAACAAACUGGUCGUCAGCAUCGAGGCACCUCAGAGUCCAGCGCUUCAAGCGUUGUAGGCGCUCACUCGGCCGGUGUUAUUGGGGGAGGCACUUCUGUCGGCAGUAACGGAAGUGAGCAAGACCUUAACAAGGCUAUGAAGGACCUCGCCCUCGACACGGCGAAUGGUACCACCUCACCGCAGUUACCGUCGCCUGCUUCUGGUGCUAGCUCCCAGGGCACCAAGGGUGCGAUCGACCAAAAUCCACCGAUCAAUACGCUCUAUGUUGGCAACCUCCCCGCACCGUCUCCUUCCAUCGGCUUCUCGAACGAUCAAUUGGAGGAUGCCAUUCGCCAGUUGUUCAUGGCCCAGCCAGGCUAUAGGCGGUUGGUUUUCCGACAGAAGAAUAAUGGCCCCAUGUGCUUCGUCGAGUUUGAAGACGUUCACUUCGCUACCAGAGCUCUAAACGAGCUGUAUGGUCAUACCCUAGGUGGCCUUGUCAAGAGUGGUGGCAUCCGACUUUCAUACAGCAAGAAUCCCCUUGGUGUGCGAACGCCAACCAGCGCCGGUGGUAACAACAACUCGUUCCAACACCAGCAGGCAAUGCAAUCCCUCACGUUCCAGUCAGACGCCUUCCAGUCGCGUGGUGGAGAAGAACACGGCUCCCAGCCUCACAUCUCCCGUCGAGAUACUGGUGGCCCUUUUGGAAACAGCUUCUUGACAUCACCGCCACCCCGCUUCACUUCGCCACCGAUGCAUUCAUUCGGUCAGACAUCGUUGACGAACGCGCCUAACUCCUUCGGUUUACGGACCAAUGGAGGCAGUCUCUCCAGCUUGUAUUCAUUCUCCCUCGCUGGGGCCGGGGCGUUAGGCAACUCAGCGUCGUCAACGAACUUCUCUCCUUUUGGAAUCUCAAGCCCUCCUACUAUACCCGAGCAUCAUUCAAGCUCAGACGAACCUGCAUUGCAUUCUCAUCAUUUUGGUCAUCGCACACUGUCGCCACCCGUCAACGUAGAGGCUGCUAGAGCCGGUUGA